GAUCAAUCAUCGUGCAGAGUGAGACUGGGGACCUCAGUUUAAUGUGUGUCGCCGUACUAGGAGUUUUACUGCUCAGUCUCUGCGUCUUCACCAGACUCUUCCCACAAGGUAGGCCAAGAGUCAUAAACUUACCUUCAUCGACGGGUCGGUGGAGGAGAGGGUCAACAAUUUCAAGUUCCUGGGCGUGUAUAUCUCUGAAGAUCUGUCCUGGACCCAGAACAGUGAUGCAACUGUAAAAAAGCCUAUCAAUGCCUCUACUUCCUUUGAAGAUUGAGGGGAUUUGGUAUGUCGACCAACACACUCUUGAACUUCUACAGUUAUGUGGUAGAGAACAAAUUGAAUAGUUUCAUCAUGGCCUGGUUCACCAAUUUGAAUCCCCAGGGACAAAGAUGAUUACAACAAUUGGGGAACUGUGCUCAGUUCAUUGUGGGUAUUGACCUCCCCAAUGAAGGGAUAUCUUGGAAGCAGGACCUCAACCAGGCAGCCAGUAUUAUCAUGACCCCACACCAUCCUGACCAUGCUCUAACUUCACUCCUGCCAUUGGUAAGAUGGUUUAGGAGUCUGUACACUGUGAUCUCCAAGUUCAGGAACAGCUUCUACCCAACAACCAUUGGGUUACUGAACUUAACGAACACCAACUAAACAUGAACUAUGUACGGUCUGGGUUGCACUGGGGACUUUGGAUUUUUGUUUUUGUUUUGCAUUAAUAUUGUUUUUUUUAUUGGUUGAACUGUUUUGUAUUUUAUUAUGUUAUCUAUUGAGUUCUAUGUUUAGAGACCCGUUAUGUAGCUGCAAGUGAAAAUUUCAUUGGUCCGCAUCAGUACAUAGGACAAUUAAACAUUCUCGACGACUCGUACCUAUUCAUUAACUGGAUGCAAAUCAGCUGGUAAAAGUCUUUCAAUAGGGCACAACUGAUAAUGUGCACUUUAUAGAUUACCUAUAAGGUUGGUGUACUUUGACCAUCUCAAGAUGCCCAGGAGAGAUUUGAACAACUACAGUUCAUGCAACAAAGUUUGCACCAGUGUUGUUAAGCAAUGGCCUUUAGAUUCAAGUCCGACAUGAUAAAUGAAGAAUAACCAAUGUCCAACUAAGCAUGAAGGGUGAAAAUAAUAUUCUCCCAAUUCAUCUGUUCCCUUAUAUUUUCAGUGUCAGUCGUGGAUGCUAGAUACCGACAUACACUAGGAGAAGUCUGAUGCCAGUGCUACCAUAACAAAUCAAUAAUGGGUAGAAUAGUGCAGCAAUAGUGAAGAUGUGGUGAAAAAAAUGAACAUUUAAGAGCAUGGAUCAAUAUCUGUUCAAUUGUGCCAAUUAAUUCUGGAUAUAGGAUUAUGCUGCCUGUAUUGUUAGUGCCACAUAAGAACCUCACAUUUCCUUGGAAGUAAAUCAAAAUGUAUCAUAACUCACACAUCCCCGUGUCUGAAUGUUUACUUCCUGGCAGACUAUGGUUCAAUUAAUAAUUGUGAAGUGACAGACAUAAGCCUCAGGAAUGGCAGUUGCAAUAGUGCAAAGCAUAUUUCACAAUCAAAUGGCAUUUUAUGGAAUCACAGAGUUAUCUCGGCAUCAGUCUGAGAUGAGCCACGUCUACUUCUUGCAAGGGCAUGUGUUAGUUGUAUAUUGGAGGACCAGAGAAGUAUGAGGCCUUAUUCCCAGAGUGUCUUGCUCUCACCUGGCCCACUGGCUCUGGUUUUCAUAUCAAUGCUUCAAAGUUUCAAAGGUUACUUAUUGGUCACAUACACCAGAGGUGUAGUGAAAUGCUUGUUCACUAGAUCGUCUUGUCAAGUUGAUUCUUUGCAAAAUGUCUGUGAGAUCUACUAAUAUUCAAUCCACUGAACUAAUGCUACCAAGUAGAUAUGAUCAAUGCACAGGUCAACAAUAUGAAAAUGCCCAUCCCAGUGAUUUUAUAUCCUUAGAUACAUAAAUAGAUCUGUUUCUGAUCAGUGUAAAAUAAAAAAUACUUGGUGAAAAAUGUUUUUUAACUGUAUUUUGUCUAUUUCGCAAAUAACAGUUCCUUUUUUGGUUCCUCUUUCAGUUAUUUUGUAGGAAACGAGGUUGUGUAAUGUUCAUUCACGUCAUGAAAGGAAGUGAGGGCAUAUCUCACUGAAACAGUUUGGACUGUUUCAGUUCACAAAGUGGAAUGAAGAAAUAAUUUGCAAAACAGAUUAAUCUCAUUACUUUACCUUCACAGUUUGAGGGAAGGGGCCUUUGAUUUACCUCGGGUAGUUUCCCCAAUCUGGAUUUACAUUGAUGUUGCCACAUGAGGGUAAGAGAAGGAAUCUGUGAAAUGAGGCUAUGAUGGUCCACAGCAAAAUGCCUCCUGGUCUGGUGUUCGGAGUCUUGGUUGCUUUACUUCAGUCUGUUUUCACCCAGAAUAACCCCAAUGAUAUUUAUAUUUUCAAUAAAAUACAUGUCAUUGUGUCCCAUGGACCAAUCAAUCCUGGAAGUGGCCCCGCUGCCUGGUGCUGGACAUCGCAUUCCGGGCAAGGAAUGCAACAGCUGAUAGGUUUACGGAGAGAUAAUUCCGGUCGGUGGAUGCAACGUUCGAACCAUGAAUUCAGACAUUUUGAUUUGUUCCAAGACAUGAAAUGCGAGGAUGGUACUGUACAUCUGAGGAUAAACCAUCCCACAUUUAAGUUUGCAGGAUCCCUCAUCUUGGCACAAACAUCGCCGAGUUAUAAAAUCCUGAAACAGUACGAAAUAUUUGGUAUUAAAAUCGAGGCAAGUCCACGUGAGCCUGAGAUGGGCAGUGACGUCACACUCAGCUGCACCAUCUCCAGCCUCUCAGAUACAGUCAGUCUUCACUGGAGACCAAUGGACUCAUCCCAGCAGAACAGGAGCAACACUGAUCAGAUCCACCUGAAUAACACGGUCUAUCUGAUGAUCCGACACGUUACAGUGGAGGAUGAGAAGCUGUAUGUGUGUGAAGUGCAGAAAAAUGUAAAGGUUGUUGGCAAAGGGAAAGCAGAAUUUGCUGUAAGCAACUCUUUAUAUGGAGCAAGUUACACACUUUAUCGCACAGGCACAGAUGGCAGUGAACUCCACCUCCUUUGUUACAGUAUUGCAACAAAUUACUACAACGCUGCCUGGUCCUGGACAUCACAUCUUCUUCCCGGUUCGACCGAAGAAAUAGCAACGGCAGUAAUGUUUCAGCCCAUCACUGUCACCAGUAGUCGCUUUGCGAAUCGACUGGAGCCCUCAGUGACAGAAUUUAACGGCAAUAAUUUGACGACGAGGAUUUCCCCUGUGGUGUUCGAGGAUGCAGGAGUUUACACCUGUACUCUGGGCAGAAUUACUUUUGUAAAUAUGACACUAAUCACAGUUAAAGUCACAGCUGAGCCAUCUGAUGCAGUGACUGAGGGAGGCAACGUUACCCUGACCUGCUCUGUGUCCCACGUCACUGAACUGGUGAGACUGGUUUGGAUCAAUGUUGAUGGCAAAACUGUUGAAGAAAAGACACUGAAUGGAGAAGAUAAAUCACUGAGUCUAGUUAUUCAGAAAGCUGAGAGAGGCAAAGGGAACUGGAGAUGUGGUUUGUUCCAGCAAGAAAGUCUCCAGAUAUUAGUCCCUUACAAUCUGGAAUUCAGUAAUACCUACACCUAUAUUAUCAUUAUUAGAUGUUUGGCUGUUCUGCUCAUCAUUAUCGUGGGAGUGGUGGUGUGUUUGAAAAAGAGCAAGUAUAAAGGUUUGGGAAAUCAAAGGCAGAAACCUCAGCAAAUAGAGGGAAGUCCAGAAGCAGCAUCAUAUCUUUAAUCAAAUGCUAUGGAAAUCCAGAAAAUGCAAGGUAUCGUGGAAACAAUUAAAAUGUAACAGAGAUUUUUCCAGUGCUGUUCAAGGAAACGUGAAUCAUAAAACACUCUGUCAAAUAAAUGUAGCAAGUGGCAAAGGCAGAGUGAAUUACAUAAUAUUUUACCUUAUUCUUUUGAUUGUUCUUCAACAAAGUCACAAAGUUCCUAAAUAUUAGCUCUGAGUAAGACUUCUGUUCACGAGGCUGCUUCUAGUUUACAAUAUAAUACCAAUGGAGACUAAUGUAUUCUGAGCAGCAGAAUUGAUCAGCAACAUUUUAAAUUGAGUUCAUACUAAUUUUUGAUGUGAUGUUGAUUCCAAUAAUUGUCAAAGUGCCAUAUUCCAAUCUUAUCCUUAUGGAACAUUGGGGAACCACAACGUGCAACAAUAGCAUGCUUUAGGUAAAAUCUCACUGAUCAUCUAAAGAAGGGUUCUGACCCAAAAUGUCACCUAUCCAUGUUCUCAAGAGAUGCUGCCUUAUUUGCUGAGGUACUCCAGCACUUUGUUGGUUUGCUGUUUCAUAAUGAAACAUGAGAAUUAUAGCACCAUACUGCGUAGUUAACACUUUACUUUUUCGAGCAACAACAUUUUUAUUCUAAAAUCAUCCUAAUAUUAAUUGCCUCUAACAUAUGUCUGUAGUGGCCAUUUGGCUUGUUUUGUGUGUCAUUGAUGAUGGCAUGUGUCUUUAAACUUUAGACUGCCCGUUAUAUUGUGGGUGGGAUUUAUGACGUACAUUUCGGCGUGUUUGCGCAACAGCUUAGUUGUUAGUUUUAGUUUCGGACCAGCAUGGAGAAGGUUUAUUCUUUGACCAUGUGAAGUGCAAUGGAGUCACAAGGAGUUUUCUAACGUUUAAAGCGAUAAGCUGGAGUUCAAUGAAGAUUAUAGUAACAAGUCGGAAGAAGUUUGGAUGAACCUCAUUGUUUUCAAUCAACAAUAAAGAAUUUUUAAAUCAAAAGAUUGUGUUUUGAAGACUUAUCUGUGAAGAAGCUCUGAAGGUCCCUGACGGUGAACUUGCAUGCGUAUAAAGACAUUCCCCUUAACCAUGCUGUCGAUUUAGCAGCUAGAGGGAGUAAUCUCUCGAACGAUAUAUAAAUUUGUCGCUACAUUAAGUCAAAGGACAUCUCUGGCAAGUGGUGAAUACCAGUCCCAGAGAGUGGGGCAGAAGAUUUGGCAAAGAUCUUGGAGAGGUUUUGGCCAGAAUUCCGGUUCCACCGAGGAACUGAAGAAAAUAGAUCUCGGCAAGAGAAGGCCUUGAGGUCUAUCAACAGCAUCGAGAUAUAUCUGAAGACCAUAUCACAGGAAUUGUGAGUAAAAAUCAAUUAUAUUUCUUUGAAAUUUGAGGCUGCAAGCUUUACAUUUAAACGGCUUCUGUAGAAGAGCCUAAAAGUGUUUUUUCGAAUCUGUUUGGAGAAAGGAGACCGACCUUGGAGAUUGUUUUGAACUUUUGAUAACACGCAAUCCUUUCAAAUUAUUGUCAUCCUUAAGCCCAUGGAUGGUGGAGAGAUGUUGGCAACAAUCUCAAUUUGUUAUGGAAAUUGUUUUCAAAAUAGCCACUCGAUGAAAUGGACAUAUGGUGAGAGACUUUAAGAGUCCUAUGAUUUGUUAUAAGUGCAGGCAAUAUCAUCCUGAAGCACUUCACACUGAAGAAGAGCUGCCAGAGUAUUGGGAAGAAGAAGAACUUGAACAAACGGAUGAUGAGCUACCAGAGCAAAUAGAAAAGAAUGAACCGGAGCAAACAGAACAGGGCGAGAAGGCAACUACUAGAAAUGCUAUCACCGCGCCUCAAGUAACUGCUCAUAUUGGGGCCAGGGUUGAAGCUUGUAAUUUUUCUAUUUUACCGGUACAGGUAAAAAACAGCAAGACCAAUACAAUGUUGCAAACAUAUGCUUUUCUGGAUCACGGAAGUUCGCCUACCUUUUGCACAGAAAACCUGACGAGAAGGCUGAACGUCACAGGAGAAGAGACUAAGAUUUAAUUAUGUACCAUGACUAAAGAUAAAGAGAGCAGGAGUCAUUACAUUACGAGGAUGGAGUUAUCCAAUCUGGACGAAGAUAAUUUUAUACCAAUAUCUGAAGUGUUUACACGUGGAACCAAGCCUGCUGGUCAUCAAAAUAUACCAAGACAUGAAAACUUAAAACAAUGGCCUUACCUAAAGGAUGUCAAGAUAUCUAAAAUAAAUUCUAUUGUUGAUCUACUUAUCGGAACAAAUGUUUUGAAGGCAUUGGAACUUAUACAAAAUGUUAAGAGCCAAGGCGAUGGAACAUAUGCUAUGAAAACCCGACUUGGGUGGGUUAUCUAUGGCUCAGUGAAAAGGAACAACGAAACCGAGAAUCAGAGGAACUAUCCUAUCAUUGCUUUUAAUCAAAUAUCUACUGAUAAAUUAGAAGUCUGAUGGACACUAUUGUCUGGAAUUACCUUUCAAACAAGAAUAAUCAUCGUAUGGCAGAGCAACGUACCCAGACUUUGAAACGCAAGUUUGACGAGAAUAUUACAUUUCAUGAAGUAAGAAUCUCUUUGAAGAAUAAUUUCUACAAGAAUGAUUGCUUAAGAUCCACGUCUACUGAGCAGGAAGGAAUUCUACCAGAACAUCUUACUUCUCUUUGCAAGAAGGGUGGAUUCACACUUUCCAAGUGGAUCAGUGACAAUUGUGAAAGAAAAUUCUGCGGAUGAAGUUUUCAGAGAACUGACAGCGAACCGCUUCUUAAGCGAUGAGAGAUGGAUCAAUGGACUAGAGUCUCUCUGUAAGCUAGACAGAGAAUGGCCAAAGCUUGAGCUGGGAUUUGAAAUCUCUGUUAAUGAUCCGGAAAUUAAACCAAACCCAAUGGUGAACUUUAUUGCUAAAAAUCCUGUUAUUCUCUCAAAGGAUUUUCACACUUCAACAUUGCUGUUACAACACAUUCAUGAAUCGAUCAGACAUGGAGGAAGACGUUUCAUGCUAUCAAAGCUUUGGAAUGUUAUAUUUUGGACUAUAUACUGGGUAUCAUGCCUGAUUUUAAGGGUUUGGUGCGCACGGUACGACUUUAAACUAAAACCAGUGUUUUAAUAAGAUUAAUAAUCAAGUUAUGCUUGCUUCUAGAAGGCGAAAGUGAAGAGUCGAUGAAGAAUUCUGAUUGCGGAUAUAUAGUGCAUGCUAUUUUUUUCUUGUUAGUAUAGUGGUUAGUAUCCCCGCCUGUGACGCGGUAGACCGCGGUUCAAUCGGCCGACGAGGAGCCACGGGGUUCAAAUCCCUGACUUUUUGUUUUUGAUAUAUGUUAAGCCUUCAUGGGUACUUUUUUUGAUGUUUAUUAAUAAUUGCCUCGUUAUAUACUCGGAACAAUUAGGGGCCGGUAUGUAGUGGCCAUUUGGCUUGUUUUGUAUGUCAUUGAUGAUGGCAUGUGUCUUUAAAUUUUAGACUGCCCGUUAUAUUAUGGGUGGGAUUUAUGAAAUCUUUUUGGGCGUGCUUGGGGUUAAGUUUCUUCUGCAGAAACUUAGUUGUUAGUUUUAGUUUCAGACAAGCAUGGAGAAGGUUUACCCUUUCACCAUGCGGAGACAUAAGGAAUUUUUUAGCAUUUAUAACGAUAAGCUGGAGUUCAAUGAAGAUUAUAGUAAUGGGUCGGAAGAAGUUUGGAUGUACCUUAUUGUUUUUGAUCAACAAUAAAGAAUUUAUGAAUCAAAAGACUGUGUUUUGAAGACUUAUCUGUGAAGAAGCUCUGAAGGUCUCUGACGGUGAGCUCGCAUGCGUAUAAACACAUUUCCCCAAAUCAUGCUGUCCAUUUAGCGGCUAGAGGGAAUAAUCUCUUGAAUAAUAUGAAAAUCUGCCACUACAAUGUCAUAACUACUCAAUCACAAGUGAAGCCAAAGAUUCCGUUUAAACGUUGCCCAUUUCCUUCGCUCCAUAAAUGCUACCUCACCCGUGGAUUUUCUCCAGCAUUUUUGUCUACCUUGGCUUUAGACAGGAUUGUUUUCUCUGAAGGACUGAGCACAUGUUCCCAUUUAUUCUCGUAGCUCUCUGUAACAAUCAAGCAUUUUCUGUUGAAACA